GGUUCCGGGCCCCAAGCUGCCGGAACCGGAAAUAGCACCCGGCGCCGCCAAGAUUGCAGUAACUGCCACCGCGAUGCCGAAGGGGCCCAAGCAGCAGCCGCCGGAGCCCGAAUGGAUCGGGGACGGAGAGACCACGAGCCCCACAGACAAAGUGGUGAAGAAGGGGAAGAAGGACAGGAAGACCAAAAAGACGUUCUUCGAAGAGCUGGCAGUAGAAGACAGACAGACUGGGGAAGAAAAUAAAGUGCUCAAGGAGAAGCAGCAGCAGCAGCAGCAGCAGCAGCAGCAGCAAAAAAAAAAGCGAGACACUCGAAAAAGCCGUCGGAAAAAGGAUGUGGAUGAUGACGGAGAGGAGAAGGAGCUCAUGGAGCGUCUUAAGAAGCUCUCAGUGCCGGCCAGUGAUGAGGAGGAUGAGGUACCUGCCCUAGUACCCCGAGGAGGGAAGAAAACCAAGGUAAGCCAUCUGUGUGGUAGACAGAGACCCCAGGGGUGCAGCCUUGACCAUCCCUCUGACUUCUCUGGGCCUUUCAUUCUCCAGGGUGGUAAUGUUUUUGCAGCCCUGAUUCAGGAUCAGAGUGAGGAAGAAGAGGAGGAGGAAGAAAAACAUCCUCCUAAGCCAGCCAAGCCAGAGAAAAAUCGGAUCAAUAAGGCUGUAUCUCAGGAACAACAGCCAGGGCUCAAGGGCAAAAAGGGAAAGGAGGAGAAGUCAAAGGGGAAGGCCAAGCCUCAAAAUAAAUUUGCUGCUCUGCACAGUGAAGAGGAGGAGGAUGAAGAGGAAGUAACAAAAGAAGAGGAACCACCCAAGCAAGGGAAGGAGAAGGCCAAGAAGGCAGAGCAGGGCUCAGAGGAAGAAGGAGAGGAGGAGGAGGAAGAAGGGGAGUCCAAGGCUGAUGAUCCCUAUGCCCGCCUUAGCAAGAAGGAGAAGAAGAAACUGAAGAAACAGAUGGAGUAUGAGCGCCAGGUGGCUUCAUUAAAAGCAGCCAAUGCUGCUGAAAAUGACUUCUCCGUGUCGCAAGCAGAGGUGUCUUCCCGCCAGGCCAUGUUAGAAAAUGCAUCUGACAUCAAGCUGGAGAAGUUCAGCAUCUCCGCCCACGGCAAGGAGCUGUUUGUCAACGCAGACCUGUACAUUGUUGCCAGCCGCCGCUAUGGGCUGGUGGGACCCAAUGGCAAGGGCAAGACCACUCUCCUCAAGCACAUCGCCAACCGAGCCCUGAGCAUCCCUCCCAACAUCGACGUGCUGCUCUGUGAGCAGGAGGUGGUAGCCGAUGAGACGCCGGCCGUGCAGGCUGUUCUCCGAGCCGACACCAAGCGCUUGAAGCUGUUGGAAGAGGAGCGGCAGCUUCAGGGACAGCUGGAGCAGGGCGAUGACGCGGCUGCCGAGAGGCUUGAGAAGGUGUAUGAGGAAUUGCGGGCUACUGGGGCGGCAGCAGCAGAGGCCAAAGCCCGCCGGAUCCUGGCCGGUCUGGGCUUUGACCCUGAGAUGCAGAAUCGACCCACACAGAAGUUCUCUGGGGGCUGGCGCAUGCGUGUCUCCCUGGCCAGGGCACUAUUCAUGGAGCCCACGCUGCUGAUGUUGGAUGAGCCCACCAACCACCUGGACCUCAAUGCUGUCAUCUGGCUCAAUAACUACCUCCAAGGCUGGCGGAAGACGCUGCUCAUCGUCUCCCAUGACCAGGGCUUCCUGGAUGACGUCUGUACCGAUAUUAUCCAUCUUGAUGCCCAGCGGCUCCAUUACUAUAGGGGCAAUUACAUGACCUUCAAGAAGAUGUACCAGCAGAAGCAGAAGGAGCUGCUGAAGCAAUAUGAGAAGCAGGAGAAAAAGCUGAAGGAGCUAAAGGCGGGCGGCAAGUCCACCAAGCAGGCGGAAAAGCAAACAAAGGAAGCCCUGACUCGAAAGCAGCAGAAGUGCCGGAGAAAAAACCAGGAUGAGGAGUCACAGGAGGCCCCUGAGCUCCUGAAGCGCCCCAGGGAGUACACCGUGCGCUUCACAUUCCCUGACCCGCCGCCGCUCAGCCCUCCGGUGCUGGGCCUGCAUGGUGUGACGUUUGGCUAUGAGGGGCAGAAACCACUCUUUAAGAAUCUGGAUUUUGGCAUUGACAUGGACUCAAGGAUCUGCAUCGUGGGCCCUAACGGUGUGGGGAAGAGCACCCUGCUGCUGCUGCUGACAGGCAAGCUGACGCCGACUCGUGGGGAAAUGAGGAAGAACCACCGGCUGAAAAUUGGCUUCUUCAACCAGCAGUAUGCAGAGCAGCUGCGCAUGGAGGAGACGCCCACCGAGUACUUGCAGCGGGGCUUCAACCUGCCCUACCAGGAUGCCCGCAAGUGCCUGGGCCGCUUCGGCCUGGAGAGUCACGCCCACACCAUCCAGAUCUGCAAACUCUCUGGUGGGCAGAAAGCCCGAGUUGUGUUUGCAGAGUUGGCCUGUCGGGAGCCCGAUGUCCUCAUCUUGGACGAGCCCACAAAUAACCUGGACAUUGAGUCUAUUGACGCUCUUGGGGAGGCCAUCAACGAAUACAAGGGUGCUGUGAUCGUCGUCAGCCAUGAUGCCCGACUUAUCACAGAAACCAACUGCCAGCUGUGGGUGGUGGAGGAGCAGAGCGUCAGCCAGAUUGAUGGUGACUUCGAAGACUACAAGCGGGAGGUGUUGGAGGCCCUGGGUGAAGUCAUGGUCAACCGGCCCCGAGAGUGAGCUUUCUUUCCUGAACAUCCCCUCGUCUCCUCUCCACUCGGAAGUCUGCUCUGGUCUUCUGCAGCUGGUGCAGUAGCUACUUGGGUACAUGAAGGCGGAGCGUGGUCUUGAUGAGACCAGCAUACCGCUUUGAUUGCUUCCUCUUCUCUGAAAGACUUGUCUGAUUGCUCUCUUCAGAUAACUGAGGUGGCCUUGUCCUUGAAAUCCCUCUGUACAAGCGGAGGUGAUCUUUGUUAUGGGGUUCCAUCCAGUCAAGCUCAUGUGGCCAGUUGUCUGAGACUGUCCUCACUCAGAAGCCUACGUCUGGUCCGCCUCAAAGCUUCAGGCCCAGCUGCUGCCCUGUUCUGUGAGUGGUGCUGCUUUUUUCUGGUGGAUUUAAUGCUGACCUAACUGAUACGGCUGAUGCAGAUCAGAGCUGGAGGAGAGUUCUGAGGCCUGUGCUGUCACCCAGGAUUUGGUGCCUGCAGUCUCUAGUCUGGUUGGGGACUUGGGGGCAGGAAAGGAAUGCUGCUGAACUCGAAUCACCUUUUACAAGGGGAAGAAAUAAAGGAAAGGAGUUGCGCCGCCC